CUAUCUGUCAAUACCCUCCUUCCAGUCUCCAGCAUGCCUGUGCCCCGCGAACAAUUCCUCUCCGACGUCUGGCGAGACGGAAUCUUCACCAACAAAGUUCUCUUCUGCACCGGCGGAGCAGGCACCAUCUGCUCAAUCCAAGUCCGCGCCUUUGUCGCCCUGGGAGGGAACGCGUACAUUAUCGGGCGCAAUGUGGAAAAGACGGAACAGAUGGCCAAAGACCUCGAGACUGCACGUGCAGGAUCCCGCGUCAUCGGACACGGUAACGUGGACGUGAGAAAUGCCGUUGCACUCAAGGAAGCUGCAGAUCGCUGCGCAAAGGAGUUGGGAGGCAUAGAUUUUGCGAUUGCGGGUGCUGCAGGGAAUUUUCUCGCGCCCAUGGCGCAGUUGAGCGCGAAUGCAUUUCGGACGGUGAUGGAGAUUGAUACGUUGGGGUCAUAUCAUACUGCGAAAGCGGUGUUGCCGUAUCUGAUUACGUCUGCGAAGAAGUAUCCCAACACGGGCAAGGCGACGGCGAAGGCGGGAGGUACGGGAGGGAGGAUGAUUUUCAUCAGUGCGAGUUUCCAUUUCAAAGGCUUUCCUUUGCAGGCACAUGUCAUGGCUGCGAAAGCUGCGGUGGAUCAGAUCAGUCACUCUGUGGCAAUUGAAUAUGGUCCGUAUGGCAUCACGUCCAAUGUCAUCACUCCGGGUCCAAUAGCAGGAACUGAGGGCAUGGAGCGACUGUCCAAGUCAGACGAGGAAAGUGCAAAGCUUUCGAAGAAGCGAGUCCCUGUAGGGCGAUAUGGCGAGGUGAAGGAGAUUGCUGAUGCGACGAUAUACCUCUUCUCUGAGGCGGGAAGCUAUGUCAAUGGAAAUAUCUUGGUUGUUGAUGGUGGGCAGUGGAGGACGACUGGGGCGACUGAGGGGAAAGGGUGGGAAUAUCCAGACUUCCUGCUGAGCGGAAAGCCUGUUGAGGGCGUGAAGAGUGGGAAGAGGGAGGCGAAGAUGUGAGCCAUUGGCCGAGAUGAUUAUAGACAUGGCUUCAAUGCAUCCUGCACAUGAGCAGCUAUUGACUCACCUGGGGCUGGGCACGAAGUGAAGUCUAGCACGAAGCGCGUGCUGGUCCAGUCCGUCAGUCAUUCGGACGCUACGACGGCGCCGUGAAUCUGCUCGAGCAGCCACUCAGAUGUUUUACAGUAGAAGUGCUCCCCUGGUCCCCUUUCUUUGGACGCUGUGUGAACACUGGAGUCCUGCUAACCACAAAUUUAACCAGGCUGGUGUUGUGGAACUGUUUUCAACGAACAUGGCGGCAUGAAUGUGUUUGAAAUACAGAUU